CGGAAUCUGACCCUUGCAAGCUUUGAGAGAAGCAUUCUCCUCACACUCUGCAAAACUUUCAAGAAGCACAAGGAGAGUAGAGAAGGCUGCUGGCAACCUUUCUCCUCCCUGCGCUCUGUACCACUUUCAAAGGAGAUGCCUCCAUUCCUGGUGAGGAAUUUUGAUCCUAACUGGUGAAGAAUAUUGGCUCGCUUUGUCUCAAUUGGCCUAACUGGUGACUCUGAUUGUAUGCUGUCACAGGAAUAAAGGCCUGCUGUAUUUUGCAGUAAUGAUCUCAGGUACCUUUGUCCCAAGAGAGAAAAUGACGGCUGAACCAGGACAUGAAUCAACUUUGAGUGUCCAGUUGGACCCAGUAGGUUAUGAACUGGGGAAAGGGACAGGACGAGGCUCAUACAUCCUUGCCCAGGCUGCAGGUAUCAGAGAGUUCUGGGAAAGGACUGCACCACAGCCAGUUAACCAGGAACCAGGCGAAGGUCUGCAACAGUGCUGGGAAGACCAAUGGAAGGGGUUCCUCAGAACAGUGGAGUCCACCCACUUGGAAUGGAGAACCCCACAAAUACUUGGGCCCAUGCUAAGUGGCGACAGCAAGGUUUUUCUGCCCCACUUUGAGGAAGCAGCUGGCACUGGAGAAGAGGUGACUGAACUCCUGACAGGCCUUAGCACAAAGGUCCAGCAGACCAAGAGCAAUUCUUUGGAGAAAGAUAAGCCAGGUUGCAUGAAAGUGAAGGAAGAGAUCCUGGAUGAGGAGACCAGCAGCAUGGAAACGCAGCACCAGUGCUUCAGGCAAUUCAGUUAUCGGGAGGCAGAGGGGCCCCGAGAGGUUUGUAGUCAUCUCUGGGAACUGGGUCAUCAGAGGCUGAAACCAGAAAGAUACACCAAGGAGCAUAUCCAGCUGCCAGAGCCCACAUUGUGGGGAGAUACAAAGAUAUUUCCAGUCCCCAGCAAGGAAGAGGCCCAUGCUGACCAGUCCAUUCAAGAAGAGGAGGAAGUGAAAUGGUUGGAAGGCCUCCAUGGAGCAGAGGAGGAUGGAGAAGAAGACAGGAAGGUGAAAGAAGAAAACUUUGGCAAAGUUCCUGCCACUGCAGAGAGGCAAUGCCAACGUUUCAGGGAGUUCCGCUACCAGGAGGCUGAGGGGCCCCAAGAGGUUUGUUACCAACUCUGGAAGCUCUGUCAUCAGUGGCUGAAGCCGGAGAGACACACCAAGGAGCAGAUCUUGGAGCUGGUGAUCUUGGAGCAGUUCCUGACCAUCCUACCUCAGGGAAUGCAGAGCUGGGUCAAGGAAGGUGGGCCAGAUACCUGCUCCCAAGCGGUGGCCCUGGCAGAAGAUUUUCUGUUCAGGCCACAGGAGGUCACAAGACGGGAAAUACAGGUUUCAGAGUUAUUGAAAGAGGAGGAUGUUUAUUUCCCCGACCCAGAGAAGGCCCUUUCAGACAGCUGGGAGGGACCUCCCUUUAGGGAAAUCAAACAGGAGGAUGACAAAGAUUACAACUUGCUACAUGACAAGAGGAUGUGCAGGAAGGAAAAACAUCAAGCAGAAAAUUUCAGAGAAUCGGAGCUAUGCUGGAUCUUGUCAAGAAACAUGGAGCAGGACAUUUCUCCCUGUCCCGAUCAAGGAGAAAGCCCUGAACACUGGCAGGAUCAUUGCUCGUGGAAAGAAGAGGAGCGAUUAAUCUAUUCUCCGGGAGAUGAGGGCCACGGCGAGAAUAUCGUCCAAAAAAUAAUCCUCAAGGAUGAGCAAGAGGAGGAAUGUGGGGAAGUAUUGAGAUGGAAGCACGAGCUUGUGCUGCACGAUGCCAUCCACACAGGAGUGAAACUGUACGAGUGCUCAGAUUGUGGGAAAAGCUUCAGCCGCAGAGCCCACCUCAUCCGACAUCAGAGAAUUCACACGGGAGAGAAACCAUACAAGUGCCCGGACUGCGGGAAAAGCUUUAAUUGUAGUUCACGGCUUAUUACACACAAGAGAAAGCACACUGGGCAGAAACCAUAUAUAUGCACAGACUGCGGGAAAAGCUUUAGCAGCCGUUCCAACUUCAUUGUGCAUAAGAAAAUCCACACUGGGGAAAAGCCAUACCAGUGCUCAUAUUGUGAGAAAAGCUUUGGCCGCACAUCGCACCUUAUUAGGCACCAGAGCAUCCAUACAGGAGAGAAGCCAUACCGAUGCUCAGACUGUGGCAAAAGCUUCAGCCGCAGUCCCCAGCUAGUUGCGCACGAGAGAACCCACACCGGAGAGAAGCCAUACCAAUGCGCCGAUUGUGGGAAAAGCUUCAGGAAUCAAUCCACCUUCAUUGUGCAUAAGAGAAUCCACACUGGUGAGAAGCCCUAUCAAUGCUCCAGUUGUGAAAGGAGUUUCAGCCGCAGAGCACACCUCAUCAGGCAUGAGAGGAUGCAUACAGGGGAAAAGCCGUACAUAUGUGCAGAUUGUGGGAAAAGCUUCCGUGACUGUUCAAACUUGAUUGUCCAUCGAAGAAUCCAUUCAGGCGAGAAACUGUACAACUGCUCUGCGUGUGGGAAAAGCUUCCGGCACCGAUCACACCUUAGCAGACAUCAGAGGACUCAUACAUAAAAGGCACUGAUUAUUAGCCAAACUCAAAAAUUUUAAUAACCAAAUAUGUACUGGUGAUGCCUUUUUCUAUGUCCAUUAUUUGGCAAUUAAUAAUUAGCCACAGCCAAAAAGAGGAAGCCUGUUUCUCUUUAACCUUUUAUUUAUUUUAUGUACAUUAGCAAUAAAACUUUGGGGUUCAGUGAAUGGAAGUUUUUAUUCCUCCCCAGCCAUCUCCAGUGGUUUAAAUCCAGUACCUGACAUCCUGACUUAAUUUACUAGAGGAAGUCCUCUUGAAAUUUAGUAGUACUUUAGAUUAACUCCUGAGUAGUACUACUGAGAAAAUUAGUCUGGAUGUCAGCUAGUGUAUUAUCUUGAAGAUAAUAAAAAUGUCUAGCACAUUUGUUCUUUUUGUACAGAGGGACGUGACUACUAAAUAUGCCAAAUAAAAAUCAGCCUUAUAAAACUCA